AAUUCUUACCAGAUAUGUUAUACAGCAUCGCCGUCUGACUGAUGAGUCUCUGCAAAGUCAGCCCGAUGUUUCCUACUGUUUAAUUCAACUUGAAGACUUUCAUCUGCAAAUCGAAGUCUACUUCGUAGAAAACAUCAAAAAUCAUGAUUCAGAGAGUACUGGGAGAAUUUCUCCUCCUGAUCCUGAUAUCUUGUCAGAUCGGAUCAAUCCAAACAGCUCCCCUCUCCUCCUACUUGGUAUCUUAUUUUACGCCUCCUGGUCCUGACUCCAACCUACCAUUCAACCACAUCGCUAUAAACAACAUCACAGGAGAUUUCUACAUAGGAGCACGAGAGAGGCUCUACCAACUCGACUCCGACCUGAACCUUAAACAGACCGUGGACACUGGAAAGUGUUCCGGUAAAAAUGAAGACAAUAUUAACAAUCUGUUGGUGGUGGUGAUCACACCGCAGCACUAUAAGCUGAUUUCAUGCGGUGGUUGUGGCGAUAUAUGCCGGCAAAAUAGCUUGGAUAAUAUAUCAGUUGAUCUGGAACCUUUACCUGAUGCUGAAGGUGUUGUAGCAGUAGGAGACCUACCUUCUGUUGGUGCUGUUGCAUUUGGUACCGACUAUGAAAGUAAUGCAGACGUUAGACUCGAUGAAUCAUUUUUCUUAUUUAAUGGAGUCAGCGGCACAGGGAUUCCUGGUGAGAUCAGCUUCAUUUCAAAGCGCAGUGUUGACAACCUAGUAGUACGCCAACAAAUAUCUGGAAAUCAUUUGGAGUCUCAGAACUCAUUCGCAUUUAAACAUCUUAUCCCUUACAAAGAUUACCUUUACUACUUCAUAUCAAGAGUCGAGAAAACCUAUUUAGGACGUAUUUGUCGUGAUUCACCCGACGGAGAAAACUUUGCUUCCUACACGGAGAUAAAGCUCAAGUGUGGACACGAUGAAUCUCAGAAUGAUAUCCAGUCUGCUUUCAUAGGAACAGCAGGGACCCAGUUAGCUGAAUCAAUGAAUAUCAACACAACGGAUGACCUACUUUACGCGGUAUUCUCAUCAGAUUCGUCUUCUCUUUGCGUGUAUAAGAUGAUCGAUGUCCAGCAGAACUUUGAAGAUGCUAUCUUAGGGUGUAUUGAGGAAACGAGCACUGGUGCAGAGAACAUAUUCCUGAAGGACAGUAUAUGCAAGGGGGUAAGUCAUUUUCAUUUGAUGGCCAUGAAUGAUUGUUUAACAUAUUUAUAUAAUCAAAAUAAAUGCGUAAUUGAAUGAGCACAUGUUUUUCGAGUUUUUCAUUCUCGUGAUUAUAGCAGACUAGCGUGCCUUAAGUGUUCCCACAUGCAUGAAUCAAGCAUUUGUGCCCUUUUCAGUAAGAUGUCAUCGAAACAUGAACAUUGUGCCGAUCCUUUAUACCAAAUGUAAAUACAUGGAUCACGUCACUUUCGCAUUAAAGUCACGUGCAGUUCAUUUCAAUCUCAUUUAGAAUCUACAUAGGUCAAAUCGGGGCACCGAAGAUGAUACAAUAUAUAAUACGAAACAGUUCAUGUUGUGGAAACUUACAUAUAAGGAAUCAUAUGCAUUUUUUUGUCCUGAAAACUGUAGCUAAGGAUGUGUACGUCAAGAAUCUGAUGGGUGCCACGUUGCCAUUUUAAGGCAUUUAAAAAAAUAAAAUCACAGGCCGCGCCCAAUUUUUCACAUUCCUGUUAAUUGUGACUUUUCUAUUUGACGGAAUAAAGAUAAUGGUGUUUGCUAUGAAAUUAUAGCUAAUAAAAAAUCCAAUGUCAAUAUACGGAUCGCAAAGCAUUUUGGGCACUUCCAAGUCAGUAGAAAGUCAAUUAAGGCCACAAACGGUCAAAUGUAUAUAAAUGGUCAUAAAUGUAAAGCCUCAGUCACACAGUGCUCUGCGUUCACCGUUGCAUAAAAAAGGUCAAUUUUCCAGCGGAUCUCCGCGGAUCCCUUCCCUAUUCCCAUUUUUUUGUUAUAUACCUACGGAAAAAGAUGUGGACGAUACGUUUAGAUACGUCUAGAUGCGGAUUAUUGCAUCCAAUUUCUGAUAAUCGUAUGAAUUGAUGCGUUAUUUGUUCUUUCGACCUGCGUAAUCUUCCGGAUACCUUUGAACGAUUGCGGAUAUUGACGGAGAGGUGCGGAAGGUUACGGAUAGUUACGAAUAAUUAUGAACAAGGCUCGGAACCUUCCCUGCCCAAACAGUGCAUAUGAUAAAAUAACUUAAUACCUCCAAAGUAACGACCCUUCAAACGUAACAUUUCAAUCAAUUUCUGAACUUACUAAAAACAAGGCAGACGUUAAUUCCAAUUC